AGCUUUCAGUCUCAGCUCAGCAGAGCAGCGGCAGGAGGCGCGCAUCCCGGCUCCGGCUUCUGCUCCCGCUCCGGAGGAUGAGGCGCUCUCAGGAUGCUGCCGCUCCUGGUAGUGCCGCUGGCGAUGUUCCUGUGCCUGCUUCUAGGCUCCUGCGCGCACGAACUGCCCAAGCCUCCAUCUGUGUGGUUUGAAGCAGAAUUUUUCCACCACGUCCUCCAUUGGACACCCAGCCCGAAUCAGUCUGAAAGUACCUACUAUGAAGUGGAGCUCCAGAGGUAUGGAGAUAAGCCCUGGAAGCCCAUCCCCCAUUGUAGCCAGACCCUAAUGCUGUCCUGUGAUCUCACCAUGGAGACCCUGGAUCUGUAUCAUAGCAAUGGUUACCGAGCCAGAGUCCGGGCCGUGGACAAAAGCCAGCACUCCAACUGGACCUCUUCCAACACCCGCUUCUCUGUGGAUGAAGUGACUCUGACGGUUGACAGCGUGACGCUCGAGGUGCACAACGGCAUCAUCCUGGGAACGAUCAAGCCCCCCAGGCCCAAGAUUGCCCCCGCAGGUGAUACAUAUGAGACCAUCUUCCACGACUUCCGGGAGUAUGAGAUUGAGGUUCGCAAGGUACCAGGACCCUAUAAGUUCAAAGAGAAGGUACAACAUGAAAACUUCAGCCUCCCCAUCCUGAGAGGGCUGGGAGAAUUGUGUGUCAGGGUGAAGCCGUCCAUCAUCUCCCGAACGAACAAGAAGGUCUGGUCCAAGGAGGAGUGCAUCGUGCUCGCCCCCCAGUAUUUCACUGUGACCAACCUCAGCAUCUUCUUCACCUUUGUCCUGCUGCUGUACGGAGCCCUGGCCUACUGCCUGGCCCUCCAGCUGUACGUGCGGCGCCGGGGGAAGCUGCCCACCGUCCUGGUCUUCAACGAUCCCAGUCCCUUCAGCCUCACCGGCCGGCUUGCCCCCUCGGAGACUCAGGAUAUCAUCCACCCCCUUGACGAGGAGGCCUUCCCCAAGGUGUCCCCAGAGCUGAGGAACUCGGAACUGCACGGCAGCACGGACAGUGGAUUUGGCAGUGCCAAGCCAUCCCUGCAGGCGGAUGAGCCCCAGUUCCUCCUCUCUGCCCCCAACCCCCAGGCCGAGGAGACUCUGGGAACGGAGGCGCCCCUGUCGCCAGAGAACAGCUGCAGCAGUGGUGGCGGCAGCAGUACUGACAGCGGGAUCUGCUUGCAGGAGCCCAGCCCGAGUCCUGGCACAGAGCCCAGCUGGGAGCUGCCAGCAGGGAGCAACAGCCGGAACCAGGAUGACAGUGGCAUUGGCCUGGUCCAGAACUCUGAGGGGAAGCCUGAGGAUGCUCGGGGUGGCUCAGCUGUGGGCCACACUAGUCCCCUGGGACCUGAGAUGCCGGCAGAAGACCCAGCCGCAGAGGCCUUCCGGGGCUACCUGAAGCAGACCCAGUGCACAGAGGAGAAGGCAGCCAGUGCCAGCGGCCUGGAAGAAGAGUCUUCCUCAACAGAUGGCCUCGGUCCCAAAUUCAGGACAUGCCUGGAGGCUGAGGAAGGCUGGCCUCUACCAGCCUUGGCCAAGGGCUACUUGAAACAGGACCCCUCAGAAAUCUCUCUCACUCCCUCAGGGGCUCCAGCUGGACAGUGGAACCAACCAGCUGAGGAUUGGCCACUCCUGCACCUGACCAGCUGUGGUGACCUCGGAACAUCUGGCUGGAGCUUUGCCCAUGAACUUGCCCCUCUGGACUGCGUGGAAGCCCCGGGUGGUCUUGUGGGCAGCUUUGACUCAGACCUGGUCACCCUGCCACUGAUCUCCAGCCUGCACUCGAAUGAGUGACACAGGCUGAGGGGCUGCUUUCGAUCUCAGCCAUACCCUGCCUGGACCCAGAGGGGGGGCCCCAGGAGACAGAAGGGAGGCACCAGGCUUUCCUGCAAGCCCAGCAGGGCUAAGCGCUAGCCAGGCCCCACAGGGGUCCAGGCGGGAGGACACUAUCCCACUAACCCAGCACAGGGUACGUGGGUGGCAUUGGCACGAUUUGCAGACGGGGCCCUGCAGACUCUGGCAGAGGCGAGACAGGCAGGACAGAGGCCUCCUGCUCCUUGGGACUCUUUCUGUAUUGCAAAGGAUUAUUCGUGCGGGGAAUCAUGGGGUUUUUUGGAGUUGUGGUGAGGCCACUGGGCUGAAGUCAGCUCAGAGAGCCAGGCCUCCUCGCCUAAGCCAGCCAUGUGUCAGGGCCUCCAGCAGCAUGGAGGUGGGAGGAUGGAGGCUUCAGGACCUGGCUGCAGGGGCUGUUUCCAGGGGGAAAGGAAAGAGCAGGGGCCCAAUGGGAGCUGAGCUCUAGAAGGGGGCUUCUGGCCCAGAACCCGUCUCUCUGGAAGCACCCUCCUUCCAGCAAACAGAGCGGCAUCUCCAGGGGCCCUUACCUCACUCUGCUGCCCCUGCCCCCAUCUUGCUGACAGUACCAGAGAGAACACAGGUGUUUGAAUGGGUCAAAACUCAGCCCUCCAAGUGAUCUCUGGGCUCAGGCAACACCUCAUCCACCCAAGACGGUGAGAGUUGGGACCAGCACUUGUGUUUGUUGCUGAUGUCCAGCUCGAGGACAGGGCACUGAGCUGGGACCUCUGUUCUCCCAGUGGUCAGUUGUGUGACCUUGGGCCAGCCUCUUCUCAGGGGGCCUCAGUUAUCCUAUCUGUGAAAGGGGGACACAGUCUAUGGGGUGGCCUCCAUGCUGGAUAUUUACCAAGCUGGCUGCUGGGGUAACAUCUCCAACCCCGUCUGACCGUGGGCUGGGAGGAAGCAGACUGUGGAACCCACGUCUUCACACAGCCGGCUUCUUUCCCCUGCCGAGAGCUCCGAUCUAGCAGGAGUCCAUGGCAUCCCGCUGAGAGAACUGCCCGACCCUGGCCCGGAAAGGGGGCAGGUGAGAGCUCUCCCUCUCCACAGUUUGGAAUCUGUCUUCGAAGCCAGUUUACAGUGCCUAGGCAGGGAAGCUGGGAACGGUGACACGGGUUCUGUCCCCCCAGUUAUCCUUGGCCUUGCAUUCUCCACGGCAUUCUGGGACUAGACAUCAGGCCCAGGGAAUCCAGCCAGGAGCCCCUCCACUCUGCCAAGAAGCUCAUUGGUGCCAGGCUCAACUCCCUCAGUAUUUUCUUGCAAGGUUUAUUUAUUGAUUUUGUUCAUUUAUUUAUUGAAGAGGCAGCAUAUUUCAGGAACCCAGGCAGUCUCAUUCCAACUUCACUCUUUCUAGCCGUGCAACCUUGGGAAAAGCACUUUUCCUCAUCUCUUUCUUCAUCUGUGAAACCGGAAGAUGUUACCUGGCUCGUUUCAUUCAUAGGAACGUAGAUGUGAAUAUAACUUGAACCCAAAGCUCUGUAAUUGAGUGAUGUGUGUUUUUUCUUCUAAUAAAUUGUCAGGGGAGUUCUCUGAGGGCCG